AAUGUCAUGUUAAAUAUGUUUUUCUCCAGGAUGAAGGACCAUGGAGGACUGGACAGGUCACUUGUGAGGGAGCUGAAGUCUUGCUGCGCCCUGGAGGACAACUUUCUUCCCAGGAAGUCUGGUCUGAAGAUGAUGGAGUCCACUGAGAACGUGAGUGGAGUGUCGGCCAAAUGCAGAGACGCCCGAGUGGAGGAGCUGUGGGGUUUGACCAGCUUUUUUGGCUACGGCACCCACACUUUUGUACAAGCUGUCAAUCUGCUGGAUCGAUUUCUGACAGUUGUGAAGGCUCAGCCCAAACACGUGCCCUGCAUCGCCGUCUGCUGCCUCCACUUGGCGGCCAGCGUGACGGAGGAAGAGAGCAAUGUGGCACCUAGCCGCGAGCUCAUUCGCAUCAGCCAGAGCAAGUUCACCGUGUCGGACCUAUGUCGGAUGGAGAAGGUCAUCUCGGUGAAGCUUAGCUGGGAGCGCGGCGCGGCGGUGACGGCCUUCACCUUCCUGCACCUCUACCACUCGGCCUUGGCCUGCGUGUACGCUGAGGGGGUGGAGAUCCCAAGCAUCGGGAGGCUGGAAGCCCAGCUGAAAGCCUGCUUGUGUCGGCUUGUUUUCUCGAAGGCGAAAUCGUCCGUGCUGGCGCUCGCCCUCGUCGCUCACGCGAUCGACACCCUGGAGUCCUUCACCGCGUCCAAGAUUGUGCAGCAUCUGCAAAGACACACAAAGAUCGGCGACAGCGAGUUGCUCUGCUGGCAGCAACUUGUGGCCAAAUGCAUGAAUGAGUACAGCUCAAGUCAGUGCCACAAGCCUGACAACAAAAAGCUGGUCUGGAUUGUGUCCCGGAGGACGGCGCUGGGUCUCCACACCAGUCAUGUCAGCGUCCCCGGUCUGCCGACGAUACCGGAGGGCAGCUGGGACGAGAGCGAAAGCGAGGACUCCUGCGAGGACAUGAACUGUGGAGGAGACAGCCCAUGCGGCUCGCUGGGCAGCAACGGCGAAGGAUCAUUCUUCCCCGCUUUGUUUCAUUCGUCGUCGCACAAAGCGACUCGCUAAAACGGAUGCGUAACCCCAACGGCAACCUUGACUUGCCAUGAAUUAUGCAGCAAAGCCAGCCUGCAGGAUGUGUGCCUGUGUUGGUCCCUGCAGUUGCGACCUUAGAAGCACAUCAACUUAGCUGUGCAACAUGACAUUCUGGCAGCUUGACGGCAUCACCUGACCUCAUAGGUCGACGCAUUCCAGCAGAAACAACAGCACCCGUUAAACUUGCUGUUGACUAGCGGUGUUAACUCCUGCCAUUUAAAAGAAAUCAUUAAAAGAAUCUGUUUGAUGGAUACCAUGCAUUACCAGUAUUAUGCAAGUGUGCAGUAUAUGUAUGUACAGUAUGUUAUUCUAAUGUGACACUUUAAUGUGAAAAUGAACUGCCGCACUAAUGUGAUUAUGAAGGUUUGCUGUUUACUGAGUGCAUAAAGAGAAAAAUAGAUGUACAUAACCUAGAAAAACAUGUUGAUUUGUGCAUGUUUUUAUGUGGCUGUAGCUCAAAGUGAAUGUCACUGACAAAUAUAAGAAUAUUUUAAAA